UGAAGGGAAAAAAUUUGCAUGUCUCUAUUCGACUCGUGUACAAAAAAAGACAGAUCUAUUCUAUUCCUUAUGCAGACUUGGCUUUCUCUAUGCAAUUCCACUCACUGACUGCCCAUUUUACGUUUCGUUGAGAUCUUUAGGAAACCGAGACCGACUGAUCUCUUAUGGCGUCCACUAGUACAGUGGAGCCAUCUGUACAAGACGAAACUCAGGAAGAGGAGCUUGAAAGAUUUGACGACUUCACACUUGCCUCUUCAUGGGAAAGGUUUAUAUCUGAAAUUGAGGCAGUUUGUCGGCAGUGGUUGGCUGAUGGUCCAAAGAAUUUGUUGGCAAAGGGUGCAGUUCAAUUGGACUUCUCUGAGAAAUUAUAUAAGGUCAAAUUUGAGUUGAAAUAUGCUAUGAAAAGCUAUAGCAUGGAAUAUUAUUUUGAGAUGAACACUGGCGGAAAAAGAGUAGACUGGGAUUGCACUUUGCAUGAUCUGCAGUUAUGCUUUGGUGUAAAAGAAUUUUUGGUGAUUGCUCCUCAAAGUGCCAGUGGCGUGGUUCUUGACGCACCAGAGGCUAGCAAGCUCUUAAGUGCAAUUGCAAUUGCUUUGUCAAAUUGUUCCAGCUUGUGGCCAGCAUUUGUUCCGGUGCAUGAUCCUUCUCGAAAAGCUUAUAUUGGAAUUCAAAAUAUGGGAACUGUUUUCACUAGAAGAUUUGAGGCAGAUCAUAUUGGCAGCCAGGUCCCAGUAAAGCUUAUGCAUUUGGAAGGGCUAUAUGAGCUAUUUGUUUCUAAGUUUGCCUACUCCACAGUGGAUUAUGCUAUGCGCCUUUUCAAAGUUCAUUUUACGAUGAAGUCAACAUACAGAACUAUUCCCAAUGAUGAUGAUGACAAUGAUCUUCAGAGUCCUGCUGUUGAAAUUGGAGAACAUGAAAAAGAUCCUGGUGGUGAUUCUGACACCCAUAACAGAUCACAAUGGGAUGAUGAUUGUCCUUGGAGUGAGUGGUAUUCUGCAGAGAAUCCAAUAAAAGGAUUCGAAUUAAUUGCCACAUGGUCAGAAAAGAUGGUAGAAAGCUCCCUUGAGAUGGCUGAAUUAGAAAAUGCCUCACCUCAUGACGCUGAAAAUUGGAUGAUACGUCCAAUCUUGUCUCCAAAUCUUGAUAAUUCAGAUGGAAACAGAAUUGGAUUUGCUUCCCAAUUGCGCCUUUUGGUUGAUGCAUUGUAUAUGUCUUUUAAUGCCCAAUUCAUGGAGGAUUUUGUGUCAGUUGAAAACCCAGGUUCUGAUAAUCUCAAGACCUCAAUGAUUUUACCCCCUCCAACAGUAAUUGAUCGGCUGCUCAAAGAUCUCUUUCAUGAGGGAUCUCGACUCCCAAAUUUUUCCAAAGGCGAGCAUAAGAGUUCUCGAGCUAUAAAAGGUGCACCUCUGGGGUCUCUUUUUGCACAGUUUUGUCUACAUUCUCUAUGGGUUGGGAACUGCAACAUACGUGCUGUUGCUGCACUCUGGAUAGAGUUUAUUCGUGAGGUCCGUUGGUGUUGGGAGGAGUCACAACCUUUGCCUAAAAUGCCUUCUAAUGGUUCCAUUGACUUGUCAACUUGUUUGAUUAACCAGAAAUUACAAAUGCUUGCUAUAUGCAUUGAGAAGAAGUGUGAACUAAAUGAAGAAUUUCAAGAUUGUGUAGAAAACAAUGAUAAUACUUAUGCUCAUAGCAAGGAGGAUGUUUUAGUGGGAAAUGAGACAACUAAUAUGCAUUUACCUGAUGAAAAAAAGUUUGAUGGGAUUCCUGACAGCCCCAUGAUGCAGGAUGGCUUGCAUGGCUCUGAUCUAAUGUCAGCAAAGUUCAAUAUGAAGCAUGAGGAUGUGACGUCUAAUGAUCUAAAAUCUUCAGAUCGUACCAGGAGAGGCUCAGCUGGUGUGGUGGGAUCCAUGAUGCUUCUGAAGUCAUGUCAGUGCAUGCAUGGCCCUUUCACACAGGAUCCACCACUUAUGACAGAAGACAUGCAUGAAGAACGAUUGCAGGCUGUUGAGGCAUCUGGUGAUUCUUUCAACUUUUCUGCUCAGUUGGAGAGAGAUAUCUUGUCAUCAGACAUGGCAGCAUUCAAAGCAGCAAAUCCUGAUGCCAUUUUUGAAGAUUUUAUUCGGUGGCAUUCUCCUGGAGAUUGGGAGACUGAUGAAACUGAAGAUACUGGACUGUCCAGAAGUUCAACAAUGGAUAGUUUGAAGGAUGGCUGGCCUCCUCGAGGCAGACUUUCACAACGAAUGUCUGAACAUGGAAAUUUGUGGCGAAAAAUUUGGAAUGAUGCACCUGCUUUGCCAGCUUAUGAGCAGAAACCACUCCUGGACCCAAAUCGAGAAGGAGAAAAGGUUCUUCACUACUUGGAGACACUACAGCCCCAUCAACUUCUAGAGCAAAUGGUUUGUACUGCCUUCAGAGCAUCAGCCGACACAUUGAGUCAGACUAAUUUUGGAGGCUUGAAGCAGAUGACAGCGAAAAUUGAACAGAUUUACCGUACAAUGGCAUCUAUAUUGAAGCCUCUGCAAACAAAUAGCUUAUCUGGCAACAGUGAGACUAUAGAAGACCUAAGACGGCUAUGUGCAAUCUUUGAACAUGUUGAGAAGUUACUUACUCUUGCAGCUUCUCUUCAUCGGAAGUUCAUGCAAGCACCACGUCUCUCUGAAGAAAUCUUCACCAACUACUACAAUUAUUACCUUCCAAAAAUGGGGACAGGCUCCCCAGACAUCAAUCAAAGGGAGUUCGAUAUGAAGCAGAAAGUAGGGAUGAAAGAGAGACAACUCAUCUCGGAUAUGUUCACGCCGCCUUCAGCUAACCAGUCGUGGAGAAAAGUACUAAGCAUGGGUAAUCUUCUCAAUGGCCAUGAGCCUAUUGCCAGAGAAAUUAUAUUUUCUCUGCGUGAUAGCUUGAGCAAUCAUCAUUAUGCUGCUCUUACUCCCAGGGGCUUUCAACAAGAAAUAGAGACAUACAGAAUGUACAUAUGUGGGACCUCAAAUGAUCUCCGGGUAGCACUUUCUAUUACCUCAUGUGAUUGAUUCAUUUUUUGGUGAUUUCCAUGUUAAUUGUUUUCUAUUGAUUCAAUUUCAUGGUCUUAAAGUUUUAUCAAUAGAGUAAUUCUGGGAUGUUUUGGCAUUGUAUUGGGUGCAAAAAAAUCCAUAGAAACACUUAUUUGUUAUAAUGGAGCAGCAUACCUUAAUAAAAUGAACUUUCAAUUCACUGUUUA